AUGAAGCUGAAUUCCAGUGGGCUGAGGGCCCUGGUGACAGGGGCAGGGAAAGGAAAGUGCACUGUGAAGGCCCUGCAUGCCUCGGGAGCCAAAGUGGUGGCUUUGACUCGGACCAACGCAGACCUGGUCAGUCUUUCAAAGAGUGUCCUGGGAUAGAGUCUGUGUGUGGACCUGGGUGACUAGGAGGUCACAGAGAAGGAGCUGGGUGGUAUCGGCCCUGUGGACUUGCUGGUGAACAGCACAGGGGUGAUGCUCAUGCAGCCUUUUAUAGAGUCUACAAAGGAGAUCUUUGAUAGGUCCUUCAAUGUGAAUGUGUGUGCUGUUCUGCAGGUGUCUCAGAUGGUAGCCAGAGGCAUUAACCGAGGAGUGGCAGGAUCCAUUGUUAACAUCUCCAGCAUGGUGGCCUAUGUCAUCUAUCCUGACCUGACCACCUACUGCUCCACCAAGGGCAAAUUAACUAUGUUGACCAAAGCCAUGGCCAUGGAACUGGGGCCACACAAGAUCCGGGUAAACGCCGUAAACCCCACUGUGGUGCUGACUGACAUGGGCAAGAAAGUCUCUGCAGACCCUGAGUUUGCCAGGAAGCUCAAGGAGCGCCACCCACUGAGGAAGUUCGCAGAGGUUGAAGACGUUGUCAACAGCAUCCUCUUCCUGCUCAGCGACAGAAGUGCCUCUACCAGUGGUGGUGGCAUCCUGGUGGAUGCUGGCUACCUGGCCUCCUAG